AUGUUGCCUCCCGCCCUCAAUAUACCUAAAUGGCUAGAAGCCAAUUCCCACCUUCUCCAGCCACCAGUAAACAACUACUGUGUCUACCACCCCUCAUCACCGGCAACAACCGGGUACACUGUGAUGAUCGUCGGCGGACCAAACGCAAGAACAGACUAUCACAUCAACACAACCCCCGAAUUUUUCUACCAGUACAAAGGAUCGAUGCUGCUUAAGACAGUCGACACCUCGACGACGCCACCGACAUUCCAGGAUAUCCCGAUCCACGAGGGCUCGAUCUUUCUCUUGCCGGCGAACACUCCGCACUGCCCGGUGCGCUUCGAGAAUACAGUGGGAGUGGUUAUGGAGCAGCCGCGGGCGAAAGGAACUGUCGACAAGAUGCGAUGGUAUUGUCGGAAGUGCAACGAAAUUGUAUGGGAGAAACAAUUUGUUUGUACGGACCUCGGAACUCAGGUCAAGGCAGUCGUCGAGGAGUUCGCCGGCGAUGAGGAGAAGAGGACGUUCACCCAGAAAAUUGAAGAAGGGCACGACCUUAGCCGUGAAAUGCCUGUCGGAGUUGGGCUUGAUACCCGCUGCUUCCUGGCCGAGCUGGAAGAUAUCGGCACCGUUCGGGAUCGUAUCGUGUAUUUUCUUGAAGAUAACUGUAUGACAAGCGACGAGUUGUAUGAUGAGUGA